AGGAAUCGCGUGAACAGUUCAUCAUACUGCCUGCCGGAGCAGAAUGAGCCAAGCAGUUAGGAUUCCUCCAUGGGGUCUUAGGUCCUGAUCGGCCUGGGCUACCCAGGGGCGGAGCCCAGCGGGGACCCAGCCGAGGUCUGCCCCGCCCACGCGGGGCCGAAGCCCGUCGAAUGACUCUGUGCAACGUGUUGGUGGCUGCCGCGGCGGCGCGGGUUCUUCCGGGCUCUGCAGCUUCCUGCGGAGCAUCGCGCAGCCGCCUCGGCCGCGGGAGACCCCGGCGCAGGCCUCCCGGGUGCCAGCCUCUGGGACGCAGGCCUCCUGGGUGCAAGCCUCCCGGACGCAGACCUCCGCACCGUGCGUGCGCAUAGCGCACCAUGAGCGCCCUGCCACCCCCAUCGCCGCCACCUCUGCUGCUGCUGCUGCUGCUCGCGCUCCUGGCCGCGCCCGCCGCCCUCGCUCGCAGAGCCGAGUCCGCCUCGGCCUCCCAGCCUGAAGCAGACCACCAGCCUCCGCCUGGUCCCGGGAAUGCUACCCAGCUGGGAUCCGGCAUGGCGGGCGGGGGAAGCUCCAACAGCAGCGUCGACGCGGUGGUGACCCGCAUCUCCAGUCUGCUUCGCGACCUGCCUACCUUGAAGGCGACGGUGAUCGUGGCGUGCGCCUUCAGCGCGCUGCUCAUCGCCUGCCUGCUGCUGCGCGUCUUCAGGUUGGGAAAAAGAUUGAAGAAGACUCGCAAGUAUGACAUCAUCACCACCCCUGCUGAACGUGUGGAAAUGGCCCCACUGAAUGAAGAGGACGAUGAGGAUGAAGACUCUACAGUAUUUGACAUCAAAUAUAGGUAAAACUUCCCUGGCUUGUCAGCGUCCUGUGGGAAGCUGGUCAGCUGCAGCCCGGGUUGUCAAGGUCUGGGCACCGUCUCUCACCUGAGGUGUUGAAAAUCAAACCAAUGUUAUUUAUGGAACUCUGGCUUCACCCUCCAUGUCCAGCAUCUGCCUGGAAUGUCACCGUCACACUUGUUCUCAGCUGCCAGAGGAGAGUCACCUUGGCUGCCCUCAGAUGCCCCUUUGAAAUGCUUUUUCCACCCCUGUCUUGAGGGGUUUUCUGCCUUCCUAAGAGAUGAAGAUGGGAACAUCGAUUUCAAAGAAUUUUCUAGAACAACUGUAGAUAUUAGUAAAGCUACAGUUGGGAGAUCAAGAGUUUUAAAAAGCUGGGCUGGGGAGAUAGCUUAUGGGGUGACAACCUGAUCACCUCACAAGCAGGGGGCACGAGUUUGGUCCCUAGUGCUCACGUUAAAGCAAAACUAGUAUGGUGGCCCACACCUGGAAUCUCAGCACGAGAGGCGGGUAGAUCCCUGGGGUUGAUUCUUCAGGCAGUCUUGCCUAAUGAGCGAGUGCCAAUUAAGACAUCUGGUCACAGAAAAGUGGGUUGGCUCCAGAAGCAUAAUGGCCAAACUUCAUUUUUGGCCUCUCUAUAUGUGUAUGCUUGCACACACACACACACACACACACACACACACACACACACACACANACACACACACACACACACACACACACACACACACACACACCUCAGAGGCCUAAAGAACCCUUCAGAAGUACCUGGGAGAAUCCUGACAUUUUUGUUCUCCCAAAUCAUUUCAGCUUCUUCAGGUCUAGCUUUAUUUAGGGAAGAAUUAUAUAUUUCAGAAUGGAUGUAUAAGUUCCCUACCCAAUCUACCUUGUCUAAGAGGUUCCCCACAGUAGGCCCCAGAAGAAUUUCAAAUGAUCAGGGAUCAGACCACAUGGGUGAGGGUGUGGAUGGGUGUGUACACCUAUCAGAUAAUUUUUCUUCUCGUGGGAAUGGAAAGUGUUCGGCGAUUUUCUUGUGUGCUGUAAAAACAUUUGUUCUGCCUCAGUGCUGUGGUGUCUGUCUUAGGAAUGAAAUGCUAAGAAAUCACUGUGGCAAAUGAAUGGAAGAAGAAGAGGAGGUGGAGGAAGAGGACGAGGACACGGUUAGGAACUCUGUUGGAAGUUAGUCCAGGCUAGGUUGGACUGAACCAGACUGGAAACGCUCCAGGGCCCACCGCUGUUUAUGAGGAGUUCAGGUGGGCACCUACCCUGGGAGCUGGGUACCCAGGGAAGCCCUGAGGAAACAGGCCCUGGACUAACUGCUCAGGUUAAUGGAGGCCUCCCACUUGGCCUUCUCCCAUAUUGCUGUAGCAGGAAUGCUUCUGUGCAAAUCUAAUAGCAGUGCCUUUGGGACCCUGGGAGUGCGUCGCGUCCGGGAAGGUGACCCCUGUUAUCUCAGUUCCUUUCAUCUUUGUCCUAGGGUUUGUGUAUUUGCCUGUCUAAUGCCAUGCUCCAUUGCUUU